CCAGCUUACAACUUGUUCUCAUUUUCUCUCUCUGAAAAAUCUGGGGAAAAAAACCAAUCAAAUUCUGUCCCGCUGCUAAUCGAAAGAUCCACCAUUACAAAGUUACCAAUUUCUCAACACCCUUAUCGAUCUUGUGACCUAAUUUCAUAUCUCCAUUGAUUGGGUAUACAGAUUUGGGGGGAUUUUCGUAAUUUUCAUCCACGAAGUAUCUCUUGUUGUUGUUGUGGAACUUAGAAUCAAAGAAUCCUCUCUCUACCAGCACCCAACAGCAACGAAAGCAACUCACCAUUUCACUUUUCAAACCCUUCAUUUAUUUCCUUAGCUUAACCCUAAUUUGGAUUUCUCUAGAUUAUCCAAUAAUGUGAUUCAUUUAGGAUCUGAUAUCAAAUGGUGGGUACCGUUCAAUUUGGUGCCUUAGCUGCUUGUAUAGUUCUGUUUGUUCCAAUGGGUUUAGCUGGAUAUCAUCUCAGUCGCAAUAAAAUUCUGUUUUUCAGUGGAGCUCUGUUUAUCAGUCUCGCAGUAGGUGUUCAUCUUACUCCUUAUUUUCCUUCAGUUACUAGUUUUGUUUCAUCUUUUUCAUCGUCUCUUGUAUUAGAGAAUCAUACUUCGUGUAUUUCUUUUCUUCAUGAAAUUGUUUGGGAUCAUCAUGUACACCAACCAAUUAUGAACAAAGUUGAUGAAAAACCAGUUAAUGUUUCUUCUGGUUUUGUAAAUUCAUGGACUUGGGCGAAGUCUACACCUGUAAUUGCUUGUGGGUUUCAGAAAUUAGGUCGUUCUGAUGCUUCUGAUUUACUUAACGGGUCUUGGGUAGUUGUUGCCGGGGAUUCGCAAGCUCGUUUGUUUGUUCUUUCUUUGUUGGAGUUGGUUUUGGAAUCAAGUGAAAUGGAAUUAGUAAGAGGGAAUUUAUUUAAACGCCACACUGAUUAUCAAACUGUUAUUGAGAAGAUUGGGGUGAAAUUGGAUUUUGUUUGGGCUCCUUAUACUGCAAAUCUAACUAAUUUGCUCAUGGAAUAUAAGCGGAAUCGUCGGUAUCCUGAUGUUUUGGUUAUGGGGACAGGGCUAUGGGAUAUGUUGCAUAUCAAUAAUGCAUCUGAUUAUGGAGUUUCUUUAGGGUUGGCGAGGCAAUUGGUUAUGAUGUUAUUACCUUUUUCUUCAGAAUUUGGGAAUGAUGGGCCUGUAACAGGUUCAAUUUCUAUACAGUCACCUCAUAUGUUUUGGCUUGGGAUGCCAACAUUGGUAGAAUCUAUGUUGAAUACGGAAGAGAAAAGGGAAAAGAUGAACUUUGCUGUGAGAAAUGCUUAUGAGAGGGAGCUUUUCAAGAGUAAGCUCUUACAUCAAAAUGGGGGACCAUUACUGUUAUUGGAUAUCAAUUCAUUGAGUGGGAACUGUGGGGGAAGGUGUACAGUGGAUGGUAUGCAUUACGAUGGAGCUGUUUAUGAAGCUGCAAUUCAUGUGAUGCUCAAUGCAUUGCUUGUUGAGUCUCAACAACGACUUUGAGUGAGAAGUUUCUGCCCUUUUUGUCAAUACACUGUACCUUCAGCUUUUUGUUCAAUACUAGCUUUGGAGGAACAUGAAUCAGCAAUUUAGAAACUUUUGGUCUCCAAUAGAGGUGCAAUCUUUUCUUUUCUUUUUAUCUUUUUAUCUUCUUCUGUAUAACUUUAGUAAGCACUGAUAGUUUCAUGCUUGUGUAAUUUUCGAAAGGGUGGCCUUCACCCUAAAAAGAAAAGGAUGAGGCACUAAUCUUGACUUGUUUUAUUAUGUAAGAAAGUUACAACACUUAUAUUCCUUGAUCAAAGAUAAAUUCAAAAUUCAGCAUUCAA